ACCCCUAUUUUUGUAGUGUGCAGUUACAAAGCUGCCCUUCCACCCUCUCUCUCUACUCUCUCUUUUCUCUCUCUCUCUCUCUCUCUCUCUCUCUCUCCCCCUUCGUCCCGGCGCCGCCGCAGUCGGAGCUUUCCAUCCGCCUUCCGUCGGAUCUCCGACCAGUCUACCCCUUCCCUCUCCUCUCCGCUCCUCUAUCUAUCCAUCCAUCCAUCGAAAAAGAAAAGAAAAGAAACUCUUGCUUCGGUUCUUCUAGGGCUUUGAUUUCUCUUUCAUUUCGUCUUGCAGUUGCUGGUGUUGUUUGAUGCUACUUAGGGUUCGGUUUCUGUAAAUAAGGAAGAGGAGAGGGAAGAAAUUUUGAAAAAACUCAAAAAAUUUGAAAAAUCGCGGAAAAAGAAGUUUAGGGUUUGUUGGUAUGGCGCAGGUUCAAGUUCAGCUUCAGUCUGCGAAUGCGGCUGGGAACCAGAUCGUGUCGACGUCGCUGUAUGUCGGAGACCUGGAGCCGAAUGCGACUGAUUCGCAGCUCUACGAUCUGUUCAACCAGCUGGGUCAGGUGGUCUCUGUUCGAGUUUGUAGGGACUUGACAACCCGGCGAUCGUUAGGUUAUGGUUACGUUAACUAUGCAAACCCACAAGAUGCUGCAAGGGCAUUGGAUAUGCUGAACUUCACUUCUUUGAAUGGAAAGCCAAUUAGGAUAAUGUACUCCCAUCGUGACCCUAGCUUACGCAAAAGUGGAAGUGGAAACAUUUUUAUUAAGAAUUUGGACAAGGCCAUUGACCACAAAGCACUACAUGAUACAUUUUCUUCAUUUGGAAAUAUUCUCUCUUGCAAGGUAGCUACAGACUCUGCUGGUCAGUCAAAAGGAUAUGGGUUUGUGCAAUAUGAUAGUGAGGAAGCUGCCCAAAAAGCUAUUGAGAAGCUUAAUGGUAUGUUGUUGAAUGAUAAGCAAGUUUAUGUGGGACCCUUCCUUCGGAAGCAGGAAAGAGAAAUGGCUGUGGACAAAACAAAAUUUACCAAUGUUUUUGUGAAGAAUCUAUCAGAAUCAACGACAGAUGAGGAUCUGAAGAAAAUAUUUGGUGAAUUUGGAACAAUCACUAGUGCUGUGGUGAUGAGGGAUUCUGACGGUAACUCUAAGUGCUUUGGUUUUGUCAACUUUGAAAAUGCAGACGAUGCUGCUCGAUCUGUUGAUUCUCUUAAUGGACAAAAGGUUGACAACAAAGAGUGGUAUGUUGGAAAAGCCCAAAAGAAAUCUGAGAGGGAACUCGAAUUAAAACUUCGAUUUGAGCAGAGUGCAAAGGAGGCAGCUGAUAAAUCUCAAGGGCUAAACUUGUACAUUAAAAAUCUAGAUGACAGCAUUGGUGAUGAUAAGCUUAGGGAGCUGUUCUCUCCAUUUGGUACCAUUACUUCUUGCAAGGUUAUGCGAGACCCUAGUGGAAUUAGUAAGGGGUCAGGCUUUGUUGCAUUUUCUACUUCUGAAGAGGCUUCUAGAGCUCUAGCGGAGAUGAAUGGCAAAAUGAUUGUCAGCAAACCUCUAUAUGUUGCUCAUGCACAAAGAAAAGAAGAUAGAAGAGCAAGAUUGCAGGCUCAGUUUUCUCAAAUGCGUCCAGUUGCAAUGCCACCUUCUGUUGCUCCUCGUAUGCCCAUGUAUCCACCUGGUGGUCCUGCUCUUGGACAACAAAUAUUCUAUGGACAGGCUCCGCCAGCCAUGAUGCCGCCUCAACCUGGUUUUGGGUAUCAGCAGCAACUUGUUCCAGGAAUGAGGCCUGGUGGGGCUCCCAUGCCGAAUUUCUUUGUGCCACUUGUUCAACAGGGUCAGCAAGGUCAACGUCCUGGUGGCAGGCGAGGAGGAGGUGUUCCUGUGCAGCAGGGCCAACAGCCAGUUCCACUCAUGCAGCAGCAGAUGCUUCCAAGGGGACGGGUCUAUCGUUAUCCUCCUGGGCGUGGUCUGCCUGAUGUUUCUAUGGCUGGAGUUGGAGGCAUGCUCUCUGUUCCUUAUGAUAUGGGUGGCAUGCCUUUGCGUGAUGCGGGAAUGUCUCAACCAAUUCCAAUUGGGGCUUUGGCCUCUGCCCUUGCAAAUGCUUCUCCUGCAGACCAGAGGACGAUGCUGGGUGAAAAUCUCUAUCCACUGGUGGAACAGUUGGAGCCUGAGAUGGCAGCUAAGGUCACUGGCAUGCUUCUAGAAAUGGACCAGACUGAGGUUUUGCAUUUGCUGGAGUCGCCAGAUGCUUUGAAAGCGAAAGUUGCAGAGGCAAUGGAUGUCCUGAGGAAUGUUCAGCAGCAGCAGGCUGCCAAUACAGCAGAUCAGUUGGCGUCCUUGUCUUUGAAUGAUGGCCUUGUUUCUUAAUUUAAGCGGGAUUCUCACAUUUGAGUGUGCGCGCUAUGGCUCUUAACAACUAGUACUGUGUGGGUUUGGGUGUGGUUCUUAAGAGUUUCCUCUUUUUGAGGGUACGCUCUAUGUUUUUGCUUGCUCGUCAUCUUUGUUCUUUUUUAUAGUUGCUCUGGAGACUAGCAACAUUUAUGCUGUCUUGCUGCCGUUUUAUUUGUUUGGGGUUUUGACACUUAAAAACAGGUUGAAUUCUAGUUUAUUAUGUUUGCUUUUUGCUUGGCA